UAUAAAAGGUCUUCUCUGCCAAGCGGCUAGCAUAGCGGUUAAAAUCGCUACGUGAAACAUCUGAACGCACCAGGAGAAAGUGGAACUGAUAUAACUAAAAAAAGGGGGAAAGAAACAAGACUAAAGAUAAAAAAGUAUAGCUAUCUCAGCUACGUUAGUCGGGUUCGGUCAGUUAGUUAUAGAAGAAGUAGUACCGAGUUACUGAUCCAUAUACUUUAUAGGCAACACACAGGUAUACACCAUGGUUGUCAAAAUAUAUAUUUCAGGCAUUUCUGGAAAUAAGGAGGUGAAGAAACACCAGCAGAGAGUACUCAUGAUAUUAGACAGCAAGAACAUUGAAUAUGUUGCAGUUGACAUUACAGAACCUGGCAAAGAAAAUGAGAAAGAAUUUAUGCAGCAAAAUAGCAAUGCGAAGGAAGCAAAACAUCCUUUGCCACCACAGAUAUUUAAUGGAGAGGAAUACUGUGGGGAUUAUGAAGAAUUUGAUUUAGCAAAUGAAAUUGAUGAACUGGAUAAAUUCCUGAAACUCUCAGCAAGUGUUUCAACAGCUGAAAUAACAUUGGGAACAACAGCAGAUAGUAAGGCCCCUGUUGAAAAUGGAGAAUUAAACGGAAUUUCUUCCAGUAGGGAGAAUUCAGCUGAGAAAGAGAAGGAAGUGGUAGUAGAAGAAUCAAAGACUGAAGAGGAAGCUACCGGGGAAGAAUAAGAGUGUGGAAACAUUUUCCAGAACAAGUGCUAUGCGCAACCACCGUGUUACUGCCAUCUUCUUGGGCAAAUGCAUCUUCCCAUGUGCAUCUGGCCUAUUCUGGUGUUUAUUUUGGUUGUUUUUGGUAUUGCCUGUUUUUUGUACCUACAGAUCAAAGCCUCUUGUGGUGAUACGCAUGAUCACCUUGUCCAAGGACAUUAAAAUGAUAUUUUGCGUGUCAAAAAUGUAAUAACUGAUGAUAAAAAAAUAUUAAAAUUUAAUACAGAUAACAUGAUCAAUGAAAACUUAAAUUUCAUUUAUAUUUUAAUGUGAUAUCCUUUUUUAACACAACCACAAGUCUGAGAUCUAAAAAGCCUCAAAUGUAUAUGUAUAGGUACAGUUCAUUGUAACUACAGGUGUCACAAACAGAUUUAUACACAUUAUAAUAUGGAAUAUAUAUCUGUGUAUACAUCUUUUUGGGGACAUUCUGUGUAUUUACCAAGUAUGUACGAAGUUAUGUAACUUCAGAAUGACAUUUUUUAAGCAUUUGAAAUGGUAUACUGAAUGUCAUAAUCAUUCAUCGAUGUGUACAUGACUUUCAUAGAUCGGUUAUUACAUUGAAACAAAGGGUUGUGGUGAAGACUAGUUCUGGUUAAUAAAAUUUGUUACUUUGCAUACAUCAUUUGCAUGCAAAGGAACAUUCUUUGUAUAUUAUGGUGUAUGUAUCCUUUCUUAAUUGAGCUUUCUGUCUGUAUUAUGAAGUAUCUUAUUAAUUUUGUUUAUUAAUACAAAAUUAACAUCUCUGUACUCGAAGUAUAAUAAUUUGUCUGCUGUUUUUCACUUUGUGGAAUACUUGCUCAUAACAGUUAAAACAGCAACAAAAAAAUAUAUAUUACUUCAGUGGCUUUUAAACUUUUUGACACUUACACAAUAUUAUUAUUUACAUCUUCAUUAUUGAGUCAUUAAUCAACCAUCACAGAGUGUUUCAACUAAGUACUCAGUAGUAACAUAAAGCAUAAAAUAAUUACAGUGCAUCUUUGGAGUUACACAGUUUCAGACUUAUAUGCCUGAGGUAAGGACGUAAAUUUUCACAUCUCUUCAAAUCUUGGCUGUUCCAAAAAUAAAAAUAGACACACAAAUAAAGGCGAGCCACUAAAAGAUUAAAUGAAGGGAAUUUAAGAUGCUACAGCAUAAACGUAACUCCACAAGAGCACAUCACAUUGACAGUAGGAGAGUUUGAACCAGAGUGAAGCCACUUAUGGGGGGGGGGGG